AUGACCAGUGUCCGUACCUUCAAACGGGGCGUUGACCUCGUCGCUGCGAGAGCGGCCACUUUCCACGCCCCCCGCGCCUCUAUCGGCUCCACAAUUCUUCGGAGGGAGCUCUCCUCGGCGCCAGGCACCGUGCAGCGGCCGGUGUCGGUUCGCACACCCAGAUUCCAAGCUACACUGCCAGCUGCAGAUUUGCAAGCCGCGAGGCAACCGGUGCGAUAUGCGUCGAGCUCGAACGAGCCCCUGCGCAAGACGCAGCUGUACGACUUGCACGUGGCGCACGGGGCCAAGAUGGUGCCUUUUGCUGGAUUUUCGAUGCCGUUGCAGUAUGCGGACUUGAGCCAUGUCGAAAGUCACCAGUGGACGCGGGAGAAGGCCAGUCUGUUUGAUGUCAGCCACAUGGUGCAGCACCACCUCAGUGGGCCCGGAGCUCUUGAUCUGCUCAUGAAGGUGACACCGUCGUCCCUGGAUAAACUGUCCCCGAACCACUCCACCCUGUCUUGUCUCUUGGAGGACGGCACCGGCGGGAUUAUCGACGAUACCGUCAUCACGCGCCGCGGGCAGGACUCGUUCUACUUUGUCACCAACGCUGGUCGGCGCACUGAGGAUUUGGCGUUCUUGCAGUCUGAGAUCGAUACCUACCGCUCGGUCCACGGCGCCGACAGUAUCAAGUGGGAGAUUCUCGAGGACCGCGCGCUGGUCGCGCUCCAGGGACCCCUCGCCGCUGCCGUGCUCCAGCCCCUUAUCCACACUGCAGGCGGCGCCGCCGCUUCGGAUAUCGACCUGAGCACGCUGUAUUUCGGACAAUGCCGCGAGCUGCACCUCACGCUCCCGGACGGCUCCGCCACCGCCCACCCGCUCCUGAUCUCACGCACAGGCUACACCGGCGAAGACGGGUUCGAGAUCUCGAUCCCGACGGCCGGUGCUCCCUCGCUCCCAGAAGACGUCACCAACCUCCUCCUGCGCGACAGCGCUCAUUCCCGCCUGGCCGGCCUGGCCGCCCGUGACUCCCUGCGUCUCGAAGCCGGUAUGUGUCUCUACGGCCACGACAUCACCACCGCGCAAACCCCGCCCACCGCCGCGCUGGGCUGGGUGGUCAGCCGGGACCGCCGCGACGCCGCGACGGCAUCCUUCAACGGCGCCGCCACCAUCCUGCCUCAGAUUGCGAGCCCCGCCAAAACCCUGACCGAGCGCCGUGUGGGUCUCUCUAUUGAAAAGGGGCCUCCGGCCCGUGAGGGCGCCGUGGUUGUCGACAUCGCCGAUCCCGCGAACCCCGUCCCCGUCGGCGUUGUCACGUCCGGUCUGCCUAGCCCGUCACUUGGCGGUGCCAAUAUCGCCAUGGCGUACGUCAAGCAGGGUCUGCAUAAGAAGGGCACCGAGCUGGCUGUCAUGGUGCGGAAUAAGAUCCGUAAGGCUAGUGUUGUUGGGAUGCCUUGGGUUGAGAGCAAGUUCCACCGUCCUAAGCAGUAG